CAUUUUGUGUAAAACUUUAUAUUCGUACACGUGACUUUUCCAACUUAUAAAUAUUAGUCAUUAAGAAUGCCGUUUCAAUUAGGAAGAGGUGCAGUUCGAAGAACAACUGAAUAUUUAGACAAAGGAAAAAUCAUAUUACGCGACAACGUCAAACUGAUGACCUUUAAUUUUAAUUCAAGGAAAAAGGGAAUAGAAUAUCCUCACCACAGGGGACUGGAAGAAUUUGUUUUCUGGCAUUUGGCUCAAUUAAAAUAUAAAAAUCCUAAUUGUGAGUUCUAUACAUUUAAAUGGAUGACUCCUACACCCUUCAUAAGGGCAUAUAUAGAUAACGAAGACUGGAUGCUUGUGGACUGCGAUAGCCAAAAUAGAGAGAGUAUAUAUGAACACGUUUUAAGAGUUUUUGGGAAAUCAGAACAAAUGUUAGAAGAAGAAGCAUCCACUAAAGCCUCUAUAGUGUCCGAAGCUAACUUUGGCGAAAAUUGUAAACAACACUGCAUAUGCGAAGUACCAGGUCAAGUUCCUUGUUCAAGUUUCUAUGUAAUACCAAAGGAAAUGACUGGCAAAUACCAAGCAAAAGUAAAACGGGAAGAAAAAGAAAAAGCAGAAGCGGCAAAUUACUAA